AGUGCCUUGCUUUGAGCAUUUCCAUCGUUCACCUGAACGCAGCACAGCAGCAGCAGCAGCAGCAGCAGCAGCAGCAGCAGCAGCAGCAGACUCACAUCUUCGCCGUACAACCCUCCCUGCAGCCAUGGCCAAAACAGCAACCGCUUACAAGGAGAAAAUGAAGGAGCUCUCCGUCCUCUCGCUCAUCUGCUCCUGCUUUUACCCGGAACCACGCAACAAGAUCCUGAAUGAGUUGGAAGCAGCAGAUCUUGAGGUGAAGCCGAUCAACAAGCGGGCUUCCGGACAGGCGUUUGAGGUGAUUCUCAAGCCCCUGUCUCCAGUAUCAGAUGUCAGCCACAACCUGGCUUCUCCCCCUAAGAGGGACAUCUCCUUGGAUGACAUUGAGAAGAAACUGGAGGCAGCUGAAGAGCGGAGAAAGUACCAGGAAACACAGGUGCUGAGGGCUUUGGCCGAAAAGCGAGAGCAUGAGAGGGACGUGCUGUUCAAGGCUUUGGAGGAGAACAACAACUUCAGCAAGAUGGCUGAGGAGAAGCUCCAAAUGAAGAUGGAGCAGAUUAAGGAGAACCGCGACGCCCAUCUGGCAGCCAUGAUGGAGCGUCUACAGGAGAAGGAGAGACACGCAGCGUUGGUGCGCAGAAACAAAGAGAUGAGGGAAGUGAUGACAGCGUGAGCAACGCACUAAAGUCCCAACUUCCAUUUACCCAUCCAUCACUUCAUCACUCCCUAAAACAAACAUGCAAACCUGGAGCACCCGACAGGUGAAGGACCUCACCACAUCAAAACACUCAGCAAUCAAUCAAUCAGUUAAUCAAAUUCAGUAUUACCGAUGACGACAAAAGAAAAAAAAAUCCGUGUCAUUCAUCUUUGAGAGCUGCAAUCAUUUCUUGAUUUUAGGGAUCUGUCUUAUUUUGUAAAUAUUAGUUUUAUCUAUCUAUCUAUCUAUCUAUCUAUCUAUCUAUCUAUCUAUCUAUCUAUCUAUCUAUCUAUCUAUCUAUCUAUCUAUCUAUCUAUCUAUCUAUCUAUCUAUCUAUCUAUCUAUCUAUCUAUCUAUCUAUCUAUCUAUCUAUCUAUCUAUCUAUCUAUCUAUCUAUCUAUCUAUCUAUCUAUCUAUCUAUCUAUCUAUCUAUCUAUCUAUCUAUCUAUCUAUCUAUCCUUAGCUAGCUAGCUAGCUAACUAGCUAGCUAUCUAUUUAACUAUCUAUCCAUCGAAUCUUAGCUAGCUAGCUAGCUAACUAGCGAGCUAUUGAUUUCUCCAUACUACACUGUACAAUGUUUUUUGUUGGAUGCCGCCACUAUUUUCUUGUGAAUUGUGAGUUGGAUGUAGACAGACGUUUGCUAUGUGUUCCUGAUGACGAUAAUGACAAUGAUGUCACAAUGACGAUGAUGUUUUUGUGUCUUUGUGAAGAAUGUUGGGUGUAAGGUGUACCUGAGGUAAUAAAGUAGACUAAACAAAUACAAGCCACCUGCUUCCUCACGCACGCUUGGAAUGUAGAAAACAAAAUGUCCAUUUGCAAUGAGCCCAAUUGUUAAUUGGUGCUUCAUUAUGGUUCGGAAUGACUUGAGAAAAAAAAAAAAAAAAAAGGCCAACUGUUUCUAUACAUGCAGAUUCCCAAGGCCAUUUUCGUUAUCGAGUCCUUCACCAGAAUGUACUGACGCAUCGGUACCAUGCAUCUGAGACGUUUCUCCGAUUGUAAUAUUGAUUACGUGAACAAAAACGAUGUGCGUGCUUGCUUGGCUGCAAGAGAAAAGGAUCGUAACACGCGGCGUGGUUGGCCUUGAAUUUAGGAUGCGGGAUUGCUAUAGUUAGUAUACAUUCAGCACACUGAACUAGUAGUCUCUUUUUAAUAUACAGCACUGCUGAUAUCUGCCUGCAACCUCUGCUGCUUGUCUUUUUCUUCCCUGUCCUUCAUGAUGAAUUUCUCUGUGAAAAGCUUUGCUUAAUAAAGAUUUGGGGUGAACAUGGCAUGCACCAUCUCAUGAGUUUCUACUAAGAGACGAGAGAGUGUGUCAACUGCCUAAUAAAAGAUCAAAUGUUA